AUGUCCCACGACAUCAACAAGGCCGCCGCCGCGGACCUCUACGCCGAAAAAGGCACCACCCACGCCGAAGAGGUCGUCGUGGAGCGGACGCUCGAGGCGCGCCUGCGCAACCCGCUCGAGGGCAUCCCGCGCGACGUGCUCAUGCGGCAGGUCGACGACUUUGCGCGCGCGCGCGGUCUCGCCGAGCACCUGCCCAUGCUGCGCAAGGGCGCGCUCGUCGCGCAGGACCCGGCCGGCAUCCGGCUCGUCGACGGCGACGAGGCGCUGACGGCCGACGAGCUCGCCGUGCUGGACCGCGAGGCCACCAACAAGUGGGCGAUGCCCGCGCGCCUCUUCUGGACCAUUGCCAUGUGCUCCGUCGGCGCGGCCGUCCAGGGCUGGGACCAGACGGGCGCCAACGGCGCCACCAUCUUCUUCCCGCGCUACUACGGCAUCGGCGGCGACAGCGCGCGCGAGCAGAUCCUCGUCGGCCUCAUCAACGCCGCUCCUUAUAUUGGCAGCGCGUACGUUCUCUUUCUCUCUCUCUCUCUCUCCCACCCCCUCAACAACUACUUUGGCCGCCGCGGCACCAUCUGGUUCUCGGCGCACUUUUGCAUCUGGCCCGUCAUCGGGUCGGCGUUUUGCCACACGUGGCAGCAGCAGCUCGCCUGCCGGCUGCUGAUGGGCAUCGGGAUGGGCGCCAAGGCGUCGACGGUGCCCAUCUACGCGGCCGAGAACGCGCCGGCGUCGAUCCGCGGGGCGCUCGUCAUGUCGUGGCAGAUGUGGACGGCGUUUGGCAUCAUGCUCGGCACCGCCUUCAACCUCGCCGUCUUCCACGUGCCCGACAUCAACUGGCGCCUCAUGCUCGGCGCGCCCUUUAUCCCCGCCGUCCCGCUGCUCGUCGGCAUCUACCUGUGCCCCGAGUCGCCGCGCUGGUACAUGAAGAAGGGCCGCUUCGCCGACGCCUGGAAGGCCAUGUCGGUCCUGCGCCACCACGAGAUCCAGGUCGCCCGCGACGUCUUCUACAUUGGCACCCAGCUCGAGCUCGAGGAGCGCAUCGUCAGCAGGUCCAACCUCGUCAGCCGCUUCGCCCAGCUCUUCACCAUCCCCCGCGUGCGCCGCGCCAACCUCGCUGCUAUUGUCACGAUGCUGGCCCAGCAAAUGUGCGGCAUCAACAUCAUUGCCUUCUACUCCACCUCCAUCUUCAAGGAAUCAGGCCUCCCCGAGUUCAAGGCCAUGAUUGGCUCCUUUGGCUUCGGCCUCGUCAACUGGCUCUUUGCCUUUCCCGCCUUCUGGACCAUUGACACGUUUGGCCGCCGCAGCCUGCUGCUCUUUACCUUUCCCCAGAUGUUCUGGACCCUGCUCGCCGCCGGCCUCUGCACCCUCAUCGACAAGGACAUGGGCGACCUCCGCACCGGGCUCGUCUGCCUCUUCGUCUUCCUCUUUGCCGCCUUUUACUCGCCGGGCGAGGGGCCGGUCCCGUUCACCUACAGCGCCGAGGUGUACCCGCUGUCGCACCGCGAGACGGGCAUGGGCUUCGCCGUCGCCACCUGUCUCUUCUGGGCCGCCGUCCUCGGCACCUCGUUUCCGUUUUUGCUGCACGAGGCCAAGCCCGUCGGCGCCUUUGGCGUCUAUGCCGGCUUCAACGUCGUCGCCUUUGUCCUCAUCUUCCUCUUUGUCCCCGAGACCAUGCAGCGCUCGCUCGAGGAGCUGGACUGGAUCUUUGCCGUCCCUGUCCGCGAGUUUGCGGGCUACCAGGUCAAGAUUGUUCUGCCCUGGUUUUUCAAGCGUUAUGUGCUCUUCCAGAAGAACGCCACGAAGCCUCCACUGUAUCACUUUGAAACCGUGGAGCAGACGAGCCAUCAAGGCCCGAUUACGGGACCUUUGACGAGCUCGGACGAUGAGAAACGCUCAUACUAG